AUGCCUCCGAGCACCGCGCGUCAGAGGGCUGACUUCUUCGUCGAGACUACAGACUACACUCCUAAGCCGGCAAGUAUUGCGAAUGCAACAGCUUUUGAGGUUAGCCUCGGUGUUGAUCACGCCUGCAUUGUCUUACCCAGCGUAUACGGCACCAACAAUUCGGUUCUUGUCGAUGCCCUGCGCAAACUCAACGGCACAUACCGCGGUGUGGCUGUCAUUGACCCAGAUGAUAUCACCAACACAACUCUCGAAGUAUUUCACGAGGCCGGCGUUCGAGGCUUAAGACUGAAUCUCGACAGUCAAAACAGCACAGAGGUUUUCGAGGCCGUUCGCAAGAACACAGAUGUGGCGAAACAGAUGAACUGGGUCUUGCAGCUCUACACGCCGCUUUCCUCCCUGGUCUACCUACACGACUUCAUCGUCGACUCCGGUGUUACUUUCGCGUUCGAUCACUUCGGCCAUACCCUGGUCGGGUCCAAGACCAACGUGAGUAUGAACACGUACGAUCCAUACCGAACACCAGGCUUCCGAGAGUUGAUCGACCUCGUGCAAAGGAAGAUCAUGUUCGUCAAGAUCUCAGGGCCUUAUAGGGACUCAAACCAGGCUCGUCUCUAUGAGGACAUGCGUGUUGUGGCGGAGACCAUCAUCAAUGCCGGUCCGGACAUGGUCGUCUACGCGAGUGACUGGCCGCAUACCAAAAGCAAGGAGGGCAAUGCCGCCGUGGGCGGUCGCCUCAACGAACAGGAUUUCAUGGACAUCAACGAUGCUGCCCUGGUCGAGAUCACGAAGGAUUGGGCUGGAAGUGAUGCUCAGAUCCAGCGGCUCUUUGUGGAUAACCCCAGGCGCCUGUGGCAGUGGUAUGAGGACUCUUAG